AAUGAAGGCUUAGGGCGCCAAAUACGAUUUGCCUGUCGCCUGUUUUGCUUCUAAGCGGGACCGGGAUCCUGAGGUUUGCGUUUUAGUCAUGGAUCCGACCUCCUGUAUGAAGACCCUACUGAUGGCUGCCGCGCAGUAUAAGAGUGCAAAAAGCGACAACAACGCGGCAGCUCUGCAAAGACAACUGGAGGUGAUUAUUGGAUUGAAACUGAACAAAUUAUUUGCGUCCAGUCAAAUAUUACCAAGUGAAUGUUUAAGCAGUCUUGUGGAACUUAUUGAAGAUCCAAACACCAGUCCAGCAAUAACUGUGAAGACUCUUAAUCUGCUCUCUAGUUUAGCUUCUGACAUUGAGACAAAACAAGCACUUCAUUCAACCUACCAUCUCACCAAUGUUUUAGCUGGAGUUGUUCAUCGUUAUAGCUGCAUACUUAAUGAUCCUGUUUUGUUGCAGAGUAUUCAGCUGCUGCAGAGAUUGACAUAUAAUGUAAGAGUUCUGCAUGCAAGUGUCAACAUCGAGGAGCUCAUAGUAUUUCUGAUGAACCGUAUUCAGUCUUCAGAAGAUGAACUAAAAAUGCCAUGUCUUGGUCUCAUGGCAAACCUUUGUCGGCAUAAUAUUUCUGUCCAGUCAUAUGUGAAAUCUUUGAGUAACGUAAAGGCAUUCUUCCGAACGCUCAUUAGCUUCCUGGCACACAGCAGUUUAACCGUUGUGGUGUUUGCUCUCUCAGUACUUGCAAGCCUCACGUUAAAUGAGGAGGUUGGUGAGAAGCUUUUCCAUUCAAGGAACAUCCAUCAGACUUUUCAAUUAAUAUUUAAUAUUCUUUUAAAUGGAGAUGGAACGUUAACUAGAAAGUACUCAGUGGACCUACUGAUGGACCUCAUAAAGAACCCCAAAAUUGCAGAUUACCUCACCAGAUAUGAACAUUUUAAUUCUUGUUUAAAUCAAGUGCUUGGUCUUCUUCAUGGGAAGGAUCCGGAUUCUGCCCAGAAGGUUUUAGAAUUGUUGCUGGCUUUCUGUUCUGUCACUAAUUUACGUCACAUCUUACGGCAAGCAGUAUUGGAACAGUCUGGCAUUUCAGGAUCGGGAAAUGGGAGACUGGGACCCCGUGCCAAAUCCACAGAAAAGCUUGAACCAGCUGUUGCACUUGUUCAUUGGUCAAGCCAACCGCUGGAAGCACCUCAUAACUGCACAGUGUUGGCCCUUGAGCUCUUCAAAGAAGUUUUUGCGGAUUCUAUUGACAUAGCCAAUGGACAUUCAGCGGAGCGAGUUGUAGAUCUACUACUGCCGGUUAUUCUUGAGCACCUCCAUAUUCCUGAUCAAAUGUUGGAUGAAGUAUUUGCAAAGAAGCGAUGUGAAAAAAUAGCCAAAGCCACAGAAGUUUUAAUAAUUCUAUGUGGUGAUGACAGUUUAAAGUCCCGUGUUGCUAAAAAGAUUUCUGUCAACAAAUGUGUUUCCUUGGUGGAUUAUCAAUUCUCAUGCAGUGGUGUGGAUUCAGGAUUUGGUACCCCAACAAUAGAUUCAGAACUCUUCAAAGUUUCUGCAGAUGUUCUUCUGAAGAUAUUGGAUCUGAUGAGUAGAUUAAAGCAGUUGGUAACAAACAUGGAAGCUGCCUUUUACAAGAUACUUCAGGACCAUCGUCUAAUCACCGCAUUGUCAUUUGCAUUAACAUCUGAUAACAGAGAGAGGGUCCAAGCCGGACUAAGGAUACUGUUUGAAGCUGCACCCUUGCCUGACUUUCCUGCUCUCCUCCUUGGUGAAAGCAUUGCUGGUAAUAAUGCGUAUAUACAGCAGGAAACGGAUCACCCAGCAAAAAGAUUUGGAAUGCCUGUUCCUGCCAACAGCUUUAAAAUCCAACACAGCUCUACUGUGCAGAAUAUUGAUAUUUCAACCCCAAACAUCCAGGACCUUAUACUGAAGCUUCAAAAUGGAAUGGAGCUGAAAGAGCAAGUAAAUGAUGUGAGGAUUUCCGAUAUUAUGGAUGUGUAUGAGCAAAAACUAUCGGCACUUGCUUCUAAAGAAAGUCGGCUACAAGAUCUUUUGGAAGCAAAAGCGCUGGCCCUUGCUCAGGCUGAUAGGCUGAUUGCUCAGUACCGCUGUCAAAGAGCCCAGGCUGAAGCAGAGGCAAGAAAGCUUGCUGUGAUGCUGAAGGAGACAGAAAGAAAGAACGAGGAGCUGAGUUUGCUGUUGAAGUCUCAGCAGGUUGAGUCUGAGCGGGCAAAGAGUGACAUUGAGCAGUUGUUUCAGCACAGCAAGAAGCUGCAAGCUGUUGCGGAGGAACACGAGACAUUAAAGAUCUCUUAUGCUGAUCAUCUUGUGAAGUAUGAGCUUUGUGAGAAGCAAUACAAGGAGCUGCAGGCAUCAUAUAAUGCAUUAAACAAGCAAGCUGAAACGAUAAAAAAGUUAAAUGAUUCCCUCAAAGUGCAGAAUGAAAAGACCAUUUCACAGCUAGAGGAUACUGAAAACCAACGGAAAGAUUUGGCCAAACAACUACAAGACAGAGAUACUAAAAUACUGAAUUUGCAGCAGAAGGUUAAGACUUUGGAGGAGAAAAUGAAGUCCAAACAAAAAGAGAAAGAGGACAUGGAAGAAACCAUUGACAUUCUGCGGAAAGAAUUGGGCAAAACAGAACAAGCGAGGAAGGAACUCAGCAUUAGGGUAUCCUCUCUAGAAGUUCAAAAGACGCAACUGGAAGCACGGUUGGAAGAAAAGGAAGCUUUGGUGAAAUUACAGCAUGAAGAACUGAACAAGCACUCUCACAUGAUUGCUAUGAUACACAGUCUCAGCGGUGGUAAACUGAACACAGAGAAUGUGAACCUCAGCCUGUAGACAUCUAUUGAUAGCUGUGACAUUUACUGAAUAGCUGCGGGGCAAGGACUCGGGAGCCCCGCUUUCCAUCUGAUUAGUAGAUUCCAAAGAUGUGCAUUUACUAUGCAUGGAGUUCAAGCAUUGUAAAAGACCAACAUCACUGAACAUUUUCUGCUAAAAAACAGUGUGUGUUAGCCUUGCAUGGCUUGUGGCUAACACACCAACUUUUUCUUAAAGGUCUUCUCCCUGAUUUAUCUAUGUGCUAUACAGAACCAACACAGCCCUUUAUUUAUUAGACACUAACUGGGGAUUGCAUGGUAAACAAUGAGUUAAAAUGUUUAGCUCUCUUGCAAUAGAAUAAACUUAAUAGAACAAUAGAAUUUUUUUCUCUCAACACCUUUUUGAAUAACUUGCCUAGCAGUGUAUCUGUCAUCAUCGGUAUGUCACCUGUAUACACAAUAGGGGCAAAUUAAAUAUUUAAACUGUAAGUCAUUUUAACCAGUAACUAAUGUACAGAUAUUUUAAAACUAUUUUAGAAACUGUCAUGCUAAAUAAUUUCAUUAUGUAUCGCUUGUAUGAAAAGUCUAAAUUUCAGUGUGUGGCCAAAUGUAUUGCACAGCUGAAGAAUAAAUUAACUGUAUUGCUA